CCCUCAAUGAUGCUCCAGUUACAGAGGCAACGCAAGUUUGUUAUUAUCCCGAGGAAGAGGAGCGGCGAGGUCCUCGCGCAUUUCAGCAGAACUACUAGCACCUUUCUGCUGGACAAGCUAGCGCCCCGGUUGUGACCUUUCCGGGGAGACCCACGCGCCUGCCCAGCACAGCAAAGGACCCCACUUGGAGCCGCGUCUGCUGCUGCGAUCGGCCGACGUGCCCCUGCCGGAGCCGCGGCUGGUUUCGUCCACCUCUUCCACUUCAUUUAUCUGUGGAUCAUUUUGAGUCCAUCUUGUAAAUGUUUAGCACUUUGCUGCUUUACUGCUUCUUUCUGGGGACAGUUCCAGCACUGGCCGAGACCGGCGGAGAGAGGCGACUGAGCCCGGAGAAGAGCGAAAUAUGGGGACCCGGGCUCAAAGCAGCUGUGGUCCUUCCCGCGCGCUAUUUCUACAUCCAGGCGGUGGACACAUCAGGAAAUAAAUUCACAUCUUCUCCGGGUGAAAAAGUGUUCCAGAUUAAAAUCUCAGCCCCAGAUGAGCAAUUCACUAGAGUGGGCGUCCAGAUUCUAGACCGAAAGGAUGGGUCCUUCAUAGUAAGAUACAGAAUGUAUGCGAGCUACGCAAAUCUGAAGAUAGAAGUCAAAUUCCAAGGUCAACAUGUGGCCAGGUCUCCAUAUAUUUUAAAAGGGCCAGUUUACCAUGAGAAUUGUGACUGUCCUUUGGAAGACAGUGCAGCCUGGCUACGGGAGAUGAACUGCCCAGAAACCAUUACUCAAAUUCAGAGAGAUCUGGCACAUUUCCCUACCAUUGAUCCAGAAAAGAUUGCAACAGAAAUCCCGAAAAGAUUUGGACAAAGACAGAGCUUGUGUCAUUAUACCUUGAAGGAUAACAAGGUUUAUAUCAAGACUCACGGUGAACACGUAGGUUUUCGAAUUUUCAUGGAUGCCAUACUACUUUCUUUGACUAGAAAAGUGAAGAUGCCCGAUGUGGAGUUUUUUGUUAAUUUGGGGGACUGGCCUUUGGAAAAAAAGAAAUCCGAUUCAAACAUCCAUCCGAUCUUUUCCUGGUGUGGCUCUACAGAUUCCAAGGAUAUCGUGAUGCCUACCUACGACCUGACUGACUCUGUCCUCGAGACCAUGGGCCGAGUCAGUCUGGAUAUGAUGUCUGUGCAAGCCAACACGGGUCCUCCCUGGGAAAGCAAAAACUCCACAGCUGUCUGGAGAGGGCGAGACAGCCGAAAAGAGAGACUUGAGUUGGUUAAACUCAGCAGAAAACACCCGGAACUCAUAGAUGCUGCUUUCACCAACUUUUUCUUCUUUAAACAUGAUGAGAGCCUGUAUGGUCCCAUUGUGAAACACAUUUCAUUUUUUGAUUUCUUCAAGCAUAAGUAUCAGAUAAACGUAGAUGGCACCGUUGCAGCCUACCGCCUACCGUAUCUGCUAGUAGGUGACAGUGUGGUGCUGAAGCAGGACUCCAUCUACUAUGAACACUUUUAUAAUGAACUGCAGCCCUGGAAACACUACAUUCCAGUUAAAAGCAACCUGAGCGAUCUCCUAGAAAAACUUAAAUGGGCAAAAGAUCACGAUGAAGAGGCAAGGAAGAUAGCAAAAACAGGACAAGAAUUUGCAAGAAAUAAUCUCAUGGGUGAUGACAUAUUCUGUUAUUAUUUUAAACUUUUCCAGGAAUAUGCCAGUUUACAAGUGAGUGAGCCCCAAAUCCGGGAGGGCAUGAAGAGGGUAGAACCACAGACCGAGGAUGACCUCUUUCCUUGCACGUGCCAUACGAAGAAGGUAACCAGAACUCACCUUCUAGCCAGUGUCAGAACCAAAGAUGAACUUUGAUACGCAAAAUACCUUUCCUUCAAAUAAUGGUGCUCUGAAGACUCUUCUUAACUGAAAAGAAGAAGAAUGUCUUUUAAAUAUUAAUUCCAUGGACAAUAUAAAAUCUGCUCUGUGAUUGUCUGGAUUAUGAAGAUAUGUUUCUUCUUAUUAUGCAGUAUUCCUGUGACUGACCUUUAAAGCACAUUUUUAGAAUUUUAUAAUAAAAGCACUUUUAU